AUGGAUAGAGCUUCUGGGGCAAGCCCCGCAACUGCUCCUCAGCCUUCUUCGGCCACGAGCGGAGCUUCAAAGAGGAGAAGGAGCCUCUCCGCCGAAGCUCCUCAUCAACAGCCGCCGGCAGCCAAACUCGCAAGGACCCCACAGAAUCACGUCCAGAUCAAUUACCUUGUGCGUCAAUAUGCAGAAGAUCUCCCUUGGAUAUCUACAAACGAUAAUAUGCAAACAAUGUUGGCGUUGAUUAGCGAAUAUGACGGUGUCCUCCAGAGACAUGAGAGCAUGGCUGGGAACUUGGGCGCGCGCCCGUUAGGACCGAUAUUGAUCAAGCGGUUUGAGAGGCUCUUUGACGGGCCACCGCAAGUGCUCAAGUGCCAUGGGAAGGAAGGGACAACUGUGAAUUGGUUGGAUGUCGUGGAAUUCGCAAGGAACAAACCUGAACAGUUUUCGUUGAGCCAGAUGAGAGACGGUGUCCGGGUAUGCCAAUUCUACACCAAGCAAUGCCGUGUGGAGAUAUCGGAGGAGGACUAUGUCCUGAUAUCAUCUGGCAUGCCCCAGAAACUUAUUCCGCCUCAGCCGAUUGAUGAAGAUGAAGAGAAAGAACUCGGGACGCUGGAGGCACUCGAAAAGAGCCUCACCCAGAUCUUCCAGCUUGCUGAUCAAGUAUCUGCUCGAGCACGCCAAUUGAAUCACCGUCUUCGGAAUCGGAAAUCUGCCAUUACAAGCCGGCGCACGGGCGAAGCUUCCGCCAAAGAAAAUAUUAAGCCUUUGACACCAUUUUCAGCGAAUGGCUUUGGACAAAGUCUGCAGAGAGUUACCCCAGCCCAACCGCCGCAGCCGGAGCCCCACCUCCACGGGUUCAUGCCAGUCAACGCCAGACGCCACUCGAGUGUUCUUGGAAGUGGUGAAGAGCAAGGGGGCAUACGCCUUAUCGGCUCGCGUUUCGAUCCAGCAAGAGCUGAUUCCGCAGCUCCGAACGCCGAAUUGAGGAACAGUAGCGCUUCUCGCAGUCGAGACUCGAAUGUUUCUCAAGCUCGAAUCCCAAACCCAAUCCAAACUCCGCCAGCCAGCAUUGCGAAUGGACCCACAGGCUCAUCUGCCAAAGCGGUCUUUGACACCAACGACUAUGCUACGCUUCUGCUGAACUCGGCCUCCCCAGCUCCGCUUACUCGGAAGUCAUCGACCCCUUCAUCGCAGUUGAAGUCGCUCCCUGACAGAGAGGAAAAAGACACCGUCCGGGCAGAAAUGGUUGCUAGAAUGGAACAUCUAGCACGUGGCGACCGCGUCAUCCCGCCUUGCGAUCGGUGCAGACGUCUGCAUAUGGAUUGUCUCAAGAAUCUCACUGCUUGUAUUGGCUGCACGAAGAAACACGCCAAGUGCUGCUGGAAAGACGUCAAGGAGGGCGAACUCAACGGGGACACCACUUCCACUGGCGCCAACGACAUCUCCCAGGAUAAUCAUCGCGAUACGCCUCGCGGGUCUGAUGCGCACGAAUCAGCCCAUUCGGAAAAUCAUCCGGACGACUCCACCACGGUCAGAGUCGGCAGAUCAUCUAACUAG